ACUGGGUAUGAUAAAUUCGAUGUGUUUUGUAUAUAUUUCUACAACUAGAAUUACUGUCUAAAAAGUGGGUGCAUUUAAAAUCUGGAUAGACGUAAAUAUUGAGAGGGCCUCUUUUAACAGUAUGAAAAUGAUGAGUUUGUAGCAAACCAACUGUUAGCAGAAAUGUGGAAUAGCUGUAACUCUCAAACACUAAUGGGGUACAAAUUAGUACAGUCACUUUGGAGAGCAAUUUGGCCACAUCUAACAUAGGUAAAAGUGAAUAUACCUCAUGACCCCAAAAUUUAUUCCUGAAUAGAUGCCCUCAGACCCAAUUAUAGGUUUAGAAGUAGAUGUGUAUUCCAGGAUAUAUUGCUACAUGUUAGUGAUAGCAAAAAUAUGACAACAGUGUAUAGGCUAACUGGAGACUAGGUAGAUACAAGACUGGUUGAAAGAGUUUUCACAGAAAGCAAUGGAAGGUCUGGAGGCACAUCUCAGCUCUAGGGGUUGCUGAGAGCUCUGGGAUCUAAACCCAAAGCUGGGCCCCAGCAGAGAGCACCAGGACCGAGAAAGGUGCCCGCCUAACUGUCUGUGAAAAGCAGCAGCGUUGCUUCCGCAGCGGCAGCCAUGGCUCUGCGCUACCCCAUGGCCAUGGGCCUCAACAAGGGCCACAAGGUGACCAAGAGCGUGAGCAAGCCGAGGCACAGCGGCCGCCGCGGCGCCUCACCAAGCACACCAAGUUCUCACGGACAUGAUCUGAGAGUGUGCAGCUUGCCCCGACGAGCGUGUGCCAUGGAGCUGCUCAAGGUCUCUAAGGACGAGAGGGCCCUGAAGUUCAUCAAGAAAAGGGUGGGGACACACAUUCACACCAAGAGGAAGAGAGGGGAGCUGAGCAAUGUCCUUGCAGCCAUGAGGAAGGCAACAGCCAAGAAGGACUGAACCCCACCCCGAUUGCAUAAUAAAAACU